AGGUAGUGUUUUGGAAAAGUUGAAUCUCGUCACUUUACAAGAAACUUCUCCGAAGAAUGGGAUAUCAGAUGUGCUACAAUGCAUACUCGAACGACUAGCUUACGUCUUGCUCUUCUUAGUGGGAUUUUAGUCUUGUGUUUUAUUAAAUCUAGUUUUGGUUUGUGGUAUAUGGGCUGUUACACUGAAAAUGAAUCAUCCAAUUUUACUCUCUAUGGCAACACAACAUCACUCUCAUCUGGAGUAGCUUGUUCAAAUUUGUGCUAUUUUGAAGGAUUUACAUUUGCUGCAUUAAGUAAUGGUAUAGAGUGUAAAUGUAGCAAUAGUGUUGAUGGUAUCUCAUCAAUUGAUGGUGCUUCCUGUUCAACAAGGUGCUUGAUAGAUUAUAGUCAACUCUGUGGAAGCAACUCCAGUUUAAGCGUGUACUCAGUAGAUGGGCCGUACAUUCGUGAUAUCGAGGUCAGCAGUGAGCAGACUUUAAUUCAGGAGGGAACAGAAGUUUACAUUCAAGGAUCAGUCGUGUUUGCUGACAUUUUAGACAGUUCUACUGGUCUUCCAGAACUCAACACAAGUCUUCACGUUGUUGAAGUUACAUGGCGUGUGAAUGGUAGUGUUAUCAAGAAGGAGUCGGAACAUGUGAUGAACUCGACGACUUUAGUGGUCGCCCUCACCCAUAGGUUUGAGCAAGAGGGAGUAUGGAUUAUAGAUGUUGAAGUGGAAAAUCCAAUUUCUGGAAUCCUAGGAACUACCAGUUUAACAGUGGUUCCACCAGCCCCCCACAAUUUACAGGUACUUUUAAGAACAGACCUCGAUUCUGUUCCAUCCUGUAUCCCGACGGAGGAUACUGUUCCUGUAAAUCUACCAUCUGUGGCUGUAUUCUUAGAGGAAGAAGUGAUGUUGCAGGCAUCUGUCGCUAUGGGAACUAACUUAACUUUUGUGUGGGAGUUUGAGGAUGGUUUGUCGUACACGGUGUCACCAUAUUUAGCAGAGUCGGGAUGUUCAAGAAUUACAUGCAUGCAACAACAUAUAAAGAAUCAUACCUUUACUACAGAAGGAAUCCAGAAGGUGUCAGUGAAUGUUUCAAAUUCUUUGGGUAGUCUCUCAAAGGAACUCUAUGUGGUGGUGGUAAAAAGAGAGAUGGGUAAUCUAAGCCUGGUAGUUGAUGAUGACUUUGAACCAUACUACACCAAGCCAAAUACAGCAGUCAGAUUUAUGUUAACGUUGUUCACUACGUCACGACAGAACACUUACCUUGAGUUUGAUUUUGGCGACAGAAAAGCGUUCAACUUGAGUCUGAAGGAUGAGAAUGACACGUUUAUAGGAGGGAAAUCCUUGGAUUCAAAUCAUCUUCAUUUAAUGGCAGAUUAUGGAGAGAGCUGUACACUGUUCCUUUCAUUCCAACAUAGUUAUGAAAAUUCUGGUGUAUAUUAUGUGAAAUCUAAGGUAUUUAGUAUUAAUGUGACAUUGGAAGAGAAUUUGGAAGAACCGAUUAUUAUUCAGAAUGUGAUAUCCGAUUCACAACUUAGAGUAAACUCAUCAUAUGCUAUUGGACCUGUGAAUAACUUUAAUUUAAAAUUAUCACCAUUAAUUCAUAAUAUGUCUUCAGACUGGGCAAAAACGACUUUCAGAUGGGAAUUGUUUUUAGACAAUUCUAGUAUUUUGAUAGAGAAAACAAGAGAACCUGUUUUCUGCCAAAUGUUCACUGAAGUUGGCAGGUAUGCUCUGGCUGUUAAUAUUUCAAACCUUGUCAGUUUUGACUACAUCAAAAAGUAUUUCUUCGUUCAAGCGCCAGUGGAUGGACUGUCAAUCUAUUCAACUAGCCCGGCCUUCAUUUCUUUGGGGAGCACAGUACAUGUAGUGGCGUCUGUGAAUAAUGGCACAAAUGUUACAUUCAAAUGGGACUUUGGGGGCUCAGAUGUAUAUGUAGCCCCAAGUCCAGUUGCAUUAGCCAAUCGCUACCAGGAGAGCUCAUCUGCAAACUAUACUUACUGGGAUGUUGGCUCGUACAACAUCACAGUUACUGCGAUAAAUUUGGUUAGUCAACUUCAAAGGACUUUGCCAAAUGUUGUGACUGUAGAGCAACGAGUUUCCGGGUUAAGCCUAAUUGAGGUUCCACCAAACGUCUUGGGAAAUCUUACAGAGAUAUUUGCAAUUGUAACAGAAGGGUCGCAUAUCAGAUUCUCUAUUGAUAUUGGUAUGGGCUCAGAGAACAUCACAGCCACAGUAGAAGAUGAUGGUCUCUUUAAGAUUGUCUAUGAUUUUCCGGAGCCAGGUGUGUAUCGUGUGACUGUUACAGCAUUCAAUGAUGUGUCUUCAGUGGCAGAUGAGGUGUGUGUGAUUGUUCAAGCCUACAUCGAUGACAUUGUUGUUAAACCCCUCUCAGAUGUCUUCGUUGGACAAAUUAGCAAAUUUAAACUGACAUACGGUGGUGAAAUCUUAGAUCGGUCAGAUUUACUAUUUCAGUGGAGUGUGAAUGGAACAAAUUCCACGUCUGUAGUACCAUUUCUCACUCACAUAUUUUACGAGGCAAUUGGGUCAGUGCGACUUGAAGUCCUUGUCCGUAACCUAGUUGUGGAAAAGAAAGUUUGGGUUGAGUUUGAAGUCUUUGACAUCAUGGCACCAAUGGCUCUGAAUCAUCCAUUCUUUUUGGAGUUUGGGAAACCUGUUUUAUUCCAGAUAAUGAAUAUGGAGAAUAUUAAUUAUGAUAUCAUGAUUGAAAUUGAUUUUGGUGAUGAUAACUCGUUGAUAGCGUAUCAGAACACCUCAGAACCUUUGCAGUUGACACACAUGUACAGUGUACCAGGCAUCUAUGAAAUCAAGGCAAACGUCACAUCUCACAUCAAAUCAACAAACAUCUACUCGAUUCUGUCAAUCCAGGAACGAAUCACUAAUAUAUCUCUGCAAGGCCCAAGUAUCAGUAGAUUUAUAAGACCGGAGUCUAGGCAAAUUUGGAAUGUUGCCAAGACGUCUGGUACAGCUGUCCUGUACACCUGGGAAACAGACCACCUGACUGCAUCACCUGGAUUUGAGAUUCAACCCGAUGUCCAAAUUUUGACCAAUGUUCUCCAGAAAGAAUGUGUACAUUUUAAAGCAGCCGGACUCUACAACAUAUCUGUUAACGCCAGUAACCAACUAUCCUGGCAAGUGGUACACAUUCAAACGCAGCUACAGCAGCCUAUCAUAACUGCAUCUGUGUCCAUGGCAACUGUUCUGCAUGGGGAAAACUCUACAAUUGAAAUAGUAGUACAGGGCGAGGGACCGUUUACUUUGAAUGUUAACUAUGGUGAUGGUGAAACUGCUGUGUAUUCUACGCAAAACAUGAAGGAAUUAGAGUUUGUGGAUUCAGAUGCUUAUGUGGUCUACCGAUACACCCUCAUUAAGAGAUAUAUGCACGAUGGUGAAUACACCUGUUCUGUUGUAAUAAGUAAUGCAGUGUCAUCUCGUUUAGAGACUGCUAGAGGAGUGGUGGAGGAGAAAAUCUCGGGUGUUCAGAUAUUAUCAGAUUCAUCGUCAGUCUUGCAGAUCGAGGACGAGGUCACGCUGAUAGCUACGGUCGAGAAAGGUAGCAACAUUUUAUAUAUAUGGGAUUUUAAUGAUUCCCAUGCUCAGCCAAAUGUUGAAAACCUGGGUAAUGCGAGUAUAGCAACACAUAUAUUUAGCUCACCGGGCUUCUACCUUCCAAGUGUUAGCGUCAGUAACUCGCUUCAGACCGAACCAAUCACUGUCACAUAUUCCAAGGUGUUUCAUGUCCUUAAUCCCAUUGGUGACAUCUCAGUCUUUCCCCACGAUGAUGUGUAUACCACGUCUCUCCAUGUUAUUGAUAAUAUUACCAUGGAAUCAGAUCCCGUAAGAAUCCGUGCGGAAUGCUCCGGUACCGGAGUCACUUUUGAGUUCGACUUUGGAGAUGGGAGUCCGUUGGUAAGAAAGGAAGUACCAGAUGAUGGCAGUUUUCCUACAUCAAUUGUUGCAAUGCACAAAUAUCACAGAGAGGGAAGUUACAUAAUCUCUGUAAAGGCGUUUAACAAAAUCAGUAAUGGUACUGCAAUGAUGUCCCGGCCGUUGGUUGUGCAGAUUCCACCCCUUAGUCUGCAGUGUGAACAAAGCCAGUAUUUCACAAACUUUGGAGAUUACACCAAUAUAGCACUAUUGGUGUCAGGAGAAAGCAAUCUGCAAUUUAAUUGGGCGAUGGGAGAUCAAACAGACUACAUUGAUCAAAUGUCUGUUUCUCAUCAGUAUUUACAAACAGGAAAUUUUACUGUGACAGUUGUAGCCAGGAAUGAUGUUCAAUCUGUCACUGCUCAGUGUGAAGUUUCUGUUCAACCAUACAUCCAAGGUGUAAGCAUUGUGAUAUCUGAUGAUUGCGAGGUUAUUGAUGGCAAUGUGAGACUUUGUGAGACUGAUACUCCCAUCACAUUCAAAGCUGAAACUGUUAGUGGAAAUGCUAUAUGGUUCAAUUGGAAUAUGGGAGACGCUACAUGGCAUGUAUACACCAAUGAAUUUGAUUACACUUACAGCAGGAAUGGAAGAUACAAUGUCACAGUGACAGCUGCCAAUCACAAUGAUCAUGCAGUGUCAGAACCAGUCAUGUUACUGGUGCAGGCCCCUGUCAAGAAGCUGUCCAUCAGGGUUGCUGGAACUACCAUCCUUGGGACUAAAUCCUACUUCAGGGCACUCAUUCACAGUGGCAGUGACCUCAACUACUUUUGGGAUUUUGGCGAUGGCACAACAGAAUCCUCCACCUCCAGCAUAAUCCAUCAUGCCUAUAAUCGCACUGGAGAGUAUUUUGUCUCAGUCGAAGCAAAUAAUUCUCUGAGUCGGGCCUUUUCGACUGAACGACUUUUUGUGUUGACUCAGAUGUGUAAACCACCUGUCAUCUCCUUCAUUGGAGAUAAUCCAAAAAUGGUGAACAGAUCAGAUACGAUUGAAAUUGAGACGGAUGUUGCAAUUAACUGUUCCAUUACAAAUCUUACCAAGUACCAAUGGUUUAUCAGGCAUGCAAACAAUUCAGAUUUUGCUCAUAAUUGUGGUGAGCUGGACCAGCGUAACUUGUACCUGAGAAAACAAUGUCUACCUCCUGAAAUAUUUACAAUUACAUUAGAAGUACGUAUGAAUGGAACUAUUGUUCAUACUCAAGGAACAUUAGAGCUUCAUAUUGUGAAGGCACCACUUGUUGCUAUCCUAGAGGGCGGUACACAGCGUGUUGUUGGUAGUAAUUCUCGGCUCAAUUUAAUGGGAAAUUAUUCUUAUGACCCCAAUGAGCCCUUCAGUAUUAAUGAUGAUGGAUUAAAAUACAGCUGGGCUUGCCACCCACUAUCGCAACUUCAGUUAAGCUGCUUUAUGCAAACGACACCUUUGACUAUAGCGACAAACAGCACUCUCUCCUUUAAUGUGUCUUUGUUGAACUUUGCUGUUGCCCAGGAGUUUGUCUUUACCUUACGUUUAUCAAAAGAAGGUCAUUUAGAUGCAACCACCAGUCAGGUUAUUACAGUGGAAGAAUCGGACACUUUACAAGUAAUGUUAGACUGCCCUCAAUGUGUAAAGGGUGAGCUGAACUCUAAUGACUGGCUGACCCUAGAGGUUCUGUGUCCUGGUUGUCGAUUAGAUCUGACGUAUGUCUGGAAAUUGUAUAUUGUUCUUGAUGGUGCUUCUUCAUCAUCUGGCAGGGAUUCAAAUAGAUGCGUUCGACAUGAUGGGAUAGCAUGGAAUUUGUUGCCUGGUAACCAAACAACAACUGAAAACAACAAUAUUGACUUCCAUUCCCAUUCUUCACCACCAACACCGCCUAUAAGCACUGAUAUUUCAAAUUUCAUUGGGGAUGUCCCUACAAGUCCAGGUUUGAAUGAGGGAAGAGUAUUUGCAACUCAGCAACAGAAAACUACAACUCCAGACCCCCUUCUUGGAGUUACGGACCCUUCUCUUCUGAGUGCUACAGCAAUAGAAUCACCACUACCAACUUCCAAACCAAUGGUUGAUAAUUCUCGCAGUGCAUCACCAGAAAGUACUGCUGGGCAGUUUAGUCCGGAGUCUGAAGAAUUUGAAGAGGAUUCUUUUGGACUUGUUGAAGACGACCUCCCCCUGGGACCUGUAGAUGUAAGUGUCAGAAGCUUAGCAGUACCAUCAACUCCCGCUCCUAUGAGAGAGGAACCAUUACCGAGUAUCGAAGAGGACAGUGGUCAUUUUUUCGAAGAAGAUACAGAAGACAUAGGAGGAGCAAAAGGAAUAGAUGAAGAUACAGGUGAAGGAGGUGGUACCCCUACAGACACUGAUUCCAACUCUGGUGAAUCUGAUCGUGAUGAUGCAAGGGAGUUUGACAGUGUGGAUUUCCUUGCUGACAGCAUUCUCCAAAAAGACAAAAACCCUCUGAAUAUUUAUGAGUCUAAUCUAGCGACUACAAAAAAUGGUCCAUCACUCGUUUUCAAGAGUGACAACUUUGAAGAAGGCAGGACGUAUGCAGUUACCGUUGAAGCCACCAAUGAAGAUAAUCAUGUUGGACAAGCCAGCUACUACUUUAAAAUCAAUCAAAAUCCAAGCCUUGGAAGGUGUUCCGUAUUUCCACUAGAAGGAAUAGAAUUGUCCACUAUCUUCAAUGCGGAAUGUCUUGAAUGGCAAGACACUAAUAUGCCUCUGCAUUAUGAGAUUAGUUAUGGGUUUAAUGUCACAGAAAACAUGACUAUUUUAUACUAUGGAUUGAACCCAGAAACAAAGUUUUAUCUUCCGUCUGGGCCUACAAGCAUGGAUUAUGAAGUGUUUGUCCAUAUUGCAAUUGUUGACAGUAGAGGAGGGAGGACCAAAGUAUGUUCCAUACCAAUAAUUGUGAAGCCUGAAGGCCACUCACUCAACAUGACUACAGCUGAAUUGUAUAACAAGACUGUUGAUCCUGGCAAUGAACUGCAGGAGAAGGUCGGCAUUGGGUCACCGCAGGAGAUCUACCACUUUAGUAACGCCAUUGCACGCAUCCUCAACCGACUGGUAAAAAUAGAAGUGAAUGAUGUAACUAUGGCAAUGGUAUUAGCUCAGAGACUUGAAAUUCGACACAGUCUGCUGAAAGCUUUGGAGUUCAUACCAAGCAGAACUGCAUUUGAGAUGCAUAUAAGCAUCAGCUCUGUGGCUGCUGUUUGUGAAAGACCAUCUGAGCUAAGUCUUGGGUCCAUUGAAGUAGCCUCAGGUAUAAUCAAAGAGGUUGCCAAGCAGGCUGUAGCACAGCAUGAAGAUGAGGAACACCUUCUGCAGCUUAGCAUAGAUGCUACAUCUGGUCUACUGUCAGCCAUCACCAUGCCACAUCUCCAUAGUGCUUCAAACUCUACUAAGAGCAAUGUAGCUAACAGUAUUGUUGAUGCUACAAACUUACUUUUAAAGCUACAAUUAGCUCGGUUAGUGGUGAACCAAACGGCAAUAAGUUUUAGCACUCCAGAUAUCAACAUGUUUGGUAAAAGACUAGAUAAGCUGUCCAGUCUGAUUGUGAAGGAUGGCAGAACACAGUUCUUCUUCCCGAGCAGCAUGGAUACCAUAUUGAAGAAUGUGACAAGUGCUGUUACUACGGGGGGCAGUUGUCAUGAUGUUGCUAUGACAACUUAUGAUGUGAAUCCUUAUCAGUGGAGCAAAGUUGGAGCUAUGGUUACAACAAGUGUUGCUUCUCUUGAGCUGUACACGUGUGAUGGUCUUGACUUGGUUGUGGAAAACCUGCCGACAGGAAAUGAAAUUGACCUCACUGUACCGCAUGACCUGCCUGUUGAAAAUUCAGAACCUGGUAAUUUUACUUUUGAUAAAGCAAACAUGAAUAUUCAUGAGUUUAAUGUGACUGAUAUGAAUAUGCAACAGACAUUACAUUUCACCUUUGAGCUGUCUGCAGUUGCAAAGAGGGAGUUAUUUCCCCUUAGGUUGGUUCUACGCUGGAGAGAGCAGCCGACUCCAUAUGAGUAUGACCUCAAAUGGGAUUUUGAGAAUUAUGAGGAAACUAUUGAGGAAUUUCUUCCACCAGGAUUUUUCAAUGAAACCGGCACAUACUACUUGGCACUGCUUGACCCUCUAUUUGACCAGAGUAUGUACCAAUUUGACCAUCCUCCAGGACAUUACCUGUUCAGGAUAUGGUGGGCUGAGUGCUUGUACUGGAACAAGAGAAAAGGUGCGUGGGUUCCAGAUGGCUGCGAGCUGCUCCCAACCUCCAAUUACGAAGUAACUAACUGUAGGUGCAAUCACUUGACUGCUUUUGGAGUGAACUUUGUACCAAUCGUGAAACUCAUUAAGCGUAUCCCCAUGUCACAUUUCCAAAUAUCAAAUGAACAUCCUAUCACAUUUGUGUUUGUUGUGGUGGCAUUUGGUAUAUAUUUUGUCCUCUUUAUCUACUGUCGCUAUGCCGAUCUUCAUGACGAGAAGAAGCAAGGAACAAUCUUUCUGAAAGACAACCAGCUGACAGAUCAGCAGUACUAUGAGAUCACGAUAGAGACUGGUUUUAGAAGUGGUGCCACGACAACAGCAGCUGUUAGCAUCGUGCUGCAUGGUGAAGAGGGGUUUUCAGAAACCAAGGAACUAAAAGCGCAUGAUAAAGCCUUAUUUGAAAGGAAUUCUAGAGACCGUUUUGUUGUCAGUGUGCCAGAGUCCCUGGGAGACCUGACAAAAAUCCAUAUCUGGCAUGAUAAUGCCGGGCGCUCACCAAGCUGGUUCCUAAGUCGGGUUGCCGUGCGGGAUUUGCUGAGCGGGCAGAAGUGGUAUUUCAUUUGUGAACGCUGGUUUGCCGUAGAAGAAGAUGAUGGUAACAUUGAACGCGAGAUUCCAGUACAGAAAACAGGAAUUGGAUUUCAUAAGGCAUUUUUUGCGAAAGGCGCACAGUACUUUUCUGACUACUACCUGUGGAGUUCUGUGUUCACGCGUCCACCAUACAGCUGCUUUACACGUGUGCAACGGUUGACCGUGUGUCUGUCAAUUUUGAUGGAUUUCUUUUGUAUCAAUACUAUUUGGUAUCAGCUCCUUGACAAGGAGGAGGUUGAUCUAGGCUUGAUUGAUGUGUCUGGAGAAGCUGUGUUAGUUGGCAUCGUCACUGCCCUUAUAGCAAUUCCCAUCAAUUUCCCAAUCAUUAUGUUCUUCCGACGGAUUCGCCCCAAGACCGAACGUGAUCCAAAAGAGAUCUACAAUAACAUCAGACAAAGCUUUAAAGCCUCUCCAGAUACUGCAGUGCAGCCAAUUCUAAAUGAGAGAAGCUUUGAAUUAGGUAUAAUUGAACAGACCGCUCUCAACCUACAAAGUUUACAGCACUGGACAACGGAGAACUGGAUCAGGAAACAAAAGGGAAGCAUGGGUGCUUUUGACUCGGACAGUGGACGGUCAUCGCAAGAGAGGAUCUAUUUUGAUAAUGGCAGCAUCUCUAGCGGAUUUGAAGAAUUUGGAGGCGAGAUCAAUAGAGAAAGUGAUGAUACCAAAGCUAGUAGGAGAAACAGAGUCAGCAGGACGAUAUCAGACAGUGGAAUGAGCUCCCCAGAAUGCCAGAGUAUUGAUUCAUUCAUGAUGCCACCUUCACAACAUGAGAUGAACCACAAGAAAUUUACAAGUCCCAAGUUGAUGUUUCCGCACUGGUGCUUGUACAUAGCGUACGCUCUGUGUUUCAGCAUUAUUGGCAUCUCAACCUUUGUGGCUGUUUAUCUGGGCUACAGGUUUAAUCAUACCAAAGCAAUCUAUUGGAUCCAGUCUGUGUACUUCUCAUUCCUACAAUGUGUGUUCAUUACACAACCAGCUGUGAUGGUCAUGUUUACAAUUAUGAAGUCAAUCCGACACAGGAACAACGUGUCAAUCUUCGAUCAUUAUGACGACAAUACUGAUUUGCUUAGCAAGCAUGAGAUGAAACAGAUCCGUACAAAUGUGUUUAUCUAUGGCAACGAUAUCACUAAGGGAAUAGAAGCCCGAAGAAGAGCAAGGUACCUGCGUUUUGCUAGACCACCACAACCAAAGGAAAUUCAGAAAGCCAAAGAAAAAACAAUUAAAGAGAAAAACAUGUACACUAUUCUCAAGGAUGUCAUUAUUUAUUCCCUUAUCCUAAUGUGUUUGUUGUGGAUGGCCUAUGGAAGAGAUAUGACGAACUACCACUCACUGAACAAGUCCAUCUUCAAAACCUAUGUCGAGACUCCACGACCCUUUACAGAAAUAUCUUCUGUCCAAGAAUUCUGGACCUGGUCCCAGACAGAUCUCCUGGAUGGGCUUUUCUGGGAGAAAUGGUACAAUGGUGAAAAUCAAACUGAAGAACAGGGUUAUGUGAUGGGUGGAGACACCAUUCUACUGGGCAAAGCCAGUCUCCGUCAAGUACGUGUGCACCAAAACAGCUGCAGCAUAGCCCACGUAAUGGAAGCACACUUUGACUCGUGUCAAGGCAGCUAUGCGGCAAGUAGAGAAGAUACAGAAGAUUAUAGGCUGAAGGGGGAAGGCUGGUUCUACAACAGCAAGAACCUGUUGAAACGCUAUGCACAGUGGGGAAGGAUAGACCACUACAGUGGGGGAGGCUAUGUGGUGGAUCUCAAUACUACAAGGUCAUCAGCUGCAGCUCAGCUGAAGGAAUUACAGAAGAAUGCCUGGAUUGAUGAUCAGACUCGAAUGGUGAUAGUAGAGUUCACUCUCUUCAAUGCUCCCUAUAGAUUAUUCAGCUCUGUGGCAUUGUUAGCUGAAAUGCCAGGCACUGGAGCUAUUCAUCCACUGCCAAAGGUCGAGUCGGUGCUGCUGUACCAUUACGAAUCAAACUACGACUACUUUAUACUCCUUCUCGAGCUACUUUUCUUGCUUCUUGUUGCUGUAUCUGGGAAGAGAGAAGUUCACAAAGCCAUUAAAUUGAAGCUGAAGUACUUCUUAAGCUUAUGGUCUUGGGUAGAGUUGAGCAUGAUUCUGUUAUCGUUAAUGUAUUUUGUGAUGUACGUGUACCGCUUUGCUUAUGUGACCGAAAUCAUUGAACGCAUGAAAAGGACGUUUAAUGAGGAGUUUGUGGACAUGUCAUUCCUUGCCUUCUGGGAUCAAUGUCUUCGUAGCAUCAUCGGAGCAGUGCUGUUUGUGGUUACAGUGAAGUUUCUACAUCUUUUACGUUUUAAUCACAAGGUUGCCAUGUUUGGGGCUGUAAUUCAACAAGCUUUCAAAGCACUGGUUAUUUUAUUAGUUUCUUUAUUGGUGAUUCAAGUGGCAUUUAGCUGCCUGGGAGUGCUUCUGUUCGGAGCAUUCUACAAGCCAUUUAAUGAGUUGUUUGCGACCACUGGAUCUGUCAUCACACUGUUGGUAGGGACACCAGAAAGCCUUGAUAAUGUCCAGGAAGCCAGCCCCAUAUUGUGGACCAUAUUCUACAUUUCAUAUAUAUCAACAGUGUUUGUGGCAUUUUCCGGUUUAGCUAAAGCUAUUCUGUGCUGUAGCUACAGAAAAGUGAAAAUUCAAGACUGUAAAAAUGUCAGAGGUCAGACUGUCAGUGGUCGAGAAGUGAUGACAUUCUUCUGGAAUGAAUUACUGAUAGUACUUGGCAUUCGAAAACUUCCAUCCAACAAAGAUUGUGAAAGGGAAGAGCUUCCAUUGGAAUUCACAAUGGCGGAAAUUGAAUACCAAGUAGAUGAACUUCUGUUCCGCAUGAGUGCCCUUACUCACCAACAUGGUCUACCAGAUAAACAUUUUGGUUACUAUGGUGAUUCAGACAAUGGAAUGGAAGACAAUCUAUCUCUCAUUAGCACAGAGCCACCAAGCUCUAUUGAUAGUUUCCUAGAAGAGCGUUUGGAACGGAUUCAUCAAGAUCUUUACAGCCACAACCCAGAAUUAAGGGAACUCAUAGAGGGCGCUUCAGAUGCUGAAGAUAGAGAGAAACAAUUAAGGUCUCAGCUUGAACUUGAAAUUUUUAGACAGCUGCAACUUGUUCGGCAGGAAGAGGACAGACAAAGGCUGGAACUGCAAGACAGUGGACGUGAUACACAGUCUGAACAGACGGAUAUGCCAUUUGAUGAUUCAACAUCACCCCCCAUUGUUCGACAGGCAUUCUGGACUAGUAUCCCUACAUCUUUCCCCUCAGUUAAUCCAAACACAUACUACAUGGGACAACUUGGAAACUGGACAGAAAGUAGCAAAGGAAGUGAAGGUAGUAUUCAAAAAGGACGGUUAAGAGAUGAUAUCCGAUUGGAGGAAUUUUCAGAUGCAAGUAGCAGGAUGGAUGAAUGGACCAAUCCAAGCAGUUCAUAUUCAGAGCUUAAAGAAGGUACUAAUGCCUUGAGAAAAAGCCCUUCAUUGCAUGAACUCACAGCAGAAACAUCUUUUUCACAUCCUCGCUUGAAUUCCGCCCGGAGUGAGAACGUUGAAUCAACUGGCACCGAAUACAGAAAAAGGAAUCAACCACAGAACAUAGUUCGUGAUUUUCCCGAGGGUGAAUGCCCCGAUAAAACAAUGAGCGCUGAGAGUUAUUCAAUCCCAAAUGCUCUCUACUCUUCCCAUGAGGAUCUUACAGAGGAGAUUACAAAAGAUUCUAAAAUUUCAGGUAUUAAACACGUGAACACAGACAGCGAUCCCAGAAACCGACUUUGCAAGACUAAAGCAGAAGCUCAGGAUUUUUCUGAUGAAGAUUCUCUCGAUGAAACAGUUAUCAUUGAGAGUUUUUCAAUUCCAAAUGCUCUCUUCUCCUCUCAAGAAGAUCUUACCGAUAGCGAUACGAAAGGUGCCAAAAGUGCACGAAUUAAGCACUUGAGCAGAGGUAGCGAUGCCAGGAACAGACUUCGCAAGACUAAGUCACGAGGAAAAGGGAAAGGCCGCAGUCGUAUUGAUCUUGGAAGCGGUUUUAUGAACGAUGGAUUCAGUUCCGAUGAGGAUGUUCCUGUCAUCCACAUGGGGAUGUAAACUCUCAACUUAUUUAAGUGAACAUUGGUACAUUAAAGCGACUAAUUAAUAUAUUUUUAGAAGAUGAGGUAAUUAUAUAGUAAGAUAAUAAGCUGUAUAUAAUGAAACUCGUUUUAAAAAUUAUUGAUAAGAUUGUUUGUAAGGAAUAUGCUCAGGGAACUUGUGGCUCUUGUAGUCAAAAUAAAUUAUAUGUGUAUGUAAAAGAUGCUGUAAUUUAAGUGUUACAGCAAAGGAAUAUGUAUUUAUACUUUGAGUAUACUGCAUUAUAUAAUAUGUAUAUUAUACUCUAAAGAGCAACAAACAUGCAUUUAAUGUAAAGUAUGUCAGUUAUGACUUUGCAUACCGAGGGUAUAGAAUAUAUCUUUAACAGGGGAAAAUCAAGAAUUUUUCAAACCAUGGGGUGGGGGGGCAUCAACAUUUUCUGAAUAGAUACGUGUGUAGCCCUUAUUUCAAUACAUAAUAUUGACAUGCAUUGAAAUUUAAAAAUUUAGUGAAAAAAU